CCCGCCGCACCCUGCGCCCGCCCUUGCUAGCAGGCGCCUCCCGCCCCCUGCAUUGCUGAUGCUGCUGCUGGCCGACAUGGACGUGGUGAAUCAGCUGGUGGCUGGGGGUCAGUUCCGGGUGGUCAAGGAGCCCCUCGGCUUCGUGAAGGUGCUGCAAUGGGUCUUUGCCAUCUUCGCCUUUGCCACAUGCGGCAGUUACAGUGGGGAGUUCCAGCUGAGUGUGGACUGUGCCAACAAGACCAAGAGUGACCUCAACAUCGAGGUCGAAUUCGAGUACCCCUUCAGGCUGCACGAAGUGUACUUUGAGGCACCCACCUGCCAAGGGGACCCUAAAAAAAUCUUCCUGGUGGGGAACUACUCCUCAUCAGCUGAAUUCUUUGUCACCGUGGCCGUGUUUGCCUUCCUCUACUCCAUGGGGGCUCUGGCUACCUACAUCUUCCUGCAGAACAAGUACCGAGAGAACAACAAGGGGCCCAUGCUGGACUUUCUGGCCACAGCAGUGUUUGCCUUCAUGUGGCUGGUUAGCUCAUCGGCCUGGGCCAAGGGGCUGUCAGAUGUGAAGAUGGCCACAGACCCAGAGAACAUUAUUAAGGGGAUGCAUGUCUGCCACCAGCCAGGGAAUACAUGCAAGGAGCUGAGGGACCCUGUGACCUCUGGCCUCAACACCUCAGUGGUGUUUGGCUUCCUGAACCUAGUGCUCUGGGUCGGCAACCUGUGGUUCGUGUUCAAGGAGACAGGCUGGGCCGCCCCAUUCCUGCGCGCUCCUCCCGGUGCCCCCGAGAAGCAACCAGCGCCCGGGGACGCCUAUGGCGAGGCAGGCUACGGGCAGGGCCCCGGCGGGUACGGGCCCCAGGACUCCUACGGGCCCCAGGGCGGCUAUCAGCCAGACUACGGGCAGCCGGCCAGCAGCGGUGGCGGUGGCUAUGGGCCUCAGGGCGACUACGGGCAGCAAGGCUACGGCCCUCAGGGCGCACCCACAUCCUUCUCCAAUCAGAUGUAGUCUGGUCAGUGCAGCCUGGGAGGACCCCAUGGGUAGGCAAGAGCUCAGGAGAAGGCCUGCCCCCACUUACCACCCCUACACCCCAGGUCUCCACCCCUCAAGCCAGGAGACCCUUAACUGUCUUUGCUGUUUAUAUAUAUAUAUAUAUUAUAUAUAAAUAUCUAUUUAUCUGUCUAAGCCCUGCCCCCACUCCACUCCCCUUGUGCAUUAAGGACUCGAUCUUGAGUGGGCCCUUCUCUUACCCCUACCCCUUCCCCUUCAUCCUUUGGCCCCUCUCUGUUCUCUGGCCCUGUGCUCUAAGGUUGGGGGGACUCUUUAAGGGGCACAGGGAGGAGACAGAAGGCUGCGUGGGGAGGGUGGGUGUGAGUUCAGACUAUCUCCCCUUUCUCCCUCUCCUCCUCCUGACUCUGGCCUUGAUUUCCUCCAGCAAUUCCUGAACAGGGGCCAUUAGGGAAAAUCCAACACUGAAGAGGGGAGACUGGGUGAUCCUGGGACCCAAGGUGGUCUUGGAGAGGAGCUCUGGAGUGGAGGAGACUAAUCAGCAGAUGGAUUGGGUUCCAGACAUACUGGAUUUGGAGUCUCAAGAAGAGGGGUGCCCUACAGCAUUCUAGAAUGGGGCUUGGAAGGAGGCUGAGGGUAGGGGUCUAGAAGGGGUGGAGCUUUGAGUGAGGCAGUGGUAGGGCCCACAGUGGGCAGGGGUUAGAGUAGGACAGAGUUCUAAGGAAGGAGUGUGACUUGGGACCUGGGAACCAGGUAGAGAAAAACGCUGAGGGCUGGUUUUAGAGAGGGUGGGGCUUGAACUAGACAGUGGGUGAGGCUCCAGAGAGGGCGGGUCUCGGAUUGGGACCAGAAUCUAUGAAAGGGGUGUGACUUGGAACUUUCCAUAGACUGAGUUUGAUUCCAAAGUGGGCAGGGCAAGCCUAGAAGUGGGAUUCAGGAAUGGGCCAAACUUGGAGUGAGGUCAUGGUCGGGAUUCUAGACAGCUGGGGGCUCAUAGUGGGGGCGGGGCCUGCCUGGUGGUUUCUAAAAGGGCAGCCCUGCCCCUGCAAUGGAGCAGUGAAGAAAAAUAUAUUUCAAAGUGGAUGGGCUUGGCAGUGGGGAGGGUAGGAUGAGAGGCUUGGCUGGGGCUGAGGGAUGGGUUUUGUUAGGGGUGGGGGAAUAUCUGUUGCCAAGGCUGGGGACUGAGGGGGCCCAGAAGAGCUAAGAAAUAAGACUUGGAGGUUAAGGGGUGGGAUCCAGAGAGAGGCACCCCGCACACACUUUUGCCCACCCUGAGAUGGGCCGGCUAGGCAAUCAGUGGACAGAGCCAGAGGGUCUGUGGGGCCAACCCACCCUCUCUCCCCGCUUCCCUUGCCUCCUCCCUCCCUCCACACCCGCUUCCGUCCGUCCCGGGGUGGUUGGAGGCCCGGUCUGGAGCCCCUAUCCUGCACCCUCUGCUGUGUCUGUGGCGUCCGUAGUGCCUGUGAUCGUGUGUUGCCAUUUUGUCCGGCUGUUGCCCCUCCCCCACCCCUCCAGACCUUCUCCCUUUCCCGUGCCCUUCGAUAUUGUUUGAAGACUCCCUCCCCGAGGAAGAACAAAUAUGAUUAAUUCUCCCCUAAAUAAAUUCCUCAACCACCUA